AUGGAAGUCGGCCCGGCGGGCGCGAAAUUCCUCGGCCCGGUGCUCAUCGAGGUGCCCCAUUUUGCCUCGCUGCGCGGCCAGGAGCGCGAAAUAAUCAUCCUGCGCAGCGACAGCGGCGAGGUCUGGCGCGAGCACCUGUUCGAGGCCGACCAGAGGCUGGUCGAUUCGAUCAUGAAGUCGGCCGACUCGAUGGCCGCCCUCGACGACCAGCAGCAGCAGCAGCAGCACGAGCAGGAGAACAACCAACCUGGUGGUGGUGGUGGCGAUAAGAAGCGUUUAACUAGAAUUGUUACAAAUGAAUUCCCGCAAUACUUUGCUAUUAUAUCAAGAGUUCGCCAGGAAGUGCACGCCGUUGGGCCUGAUGGCUCAACGGUCAACUCGCAAGUCGUGCCCAGAGUUCAGGCCAUAUUCACUGAAGGUGCGCUAACAAAACGCAUCAAAAUUGGCCUACAGGGCAACACAACAAUCUCAAACAAGCAGCAAGACCAAAAACAACACGAUCAAGAGCAGCAAGCCGAACAACAGCAACACCAAUCAACAACUACUGAGGCAGCUGAUGCCAACCAAGACGAUCAGCAGCAGCAAGACAGAAGCGGCUCGCCGGCCGCCAAUUCGCAACAGGCCGAUCGGGCCGUCUCGCCCAAUCAGGCGAGCCGGCCUGGCUCGGCGGCCGCCAAGCGUCGCAGUCGCUUCUUGGCCUGCUUUGGGGCCGGCCACGGCUCGGUCGACCUGUUAAACGGCGAGCAUCUGGCGGCGGCGGCGGCGACCGGCGACGAGUCGUCGGGCGGCGACUCGCCCAGGCAGCCCUGCAAGGAGAAGCUCGUCACGAAGCGAUACAUUUUGGGCGACGUGCACGAUUCGGACAGCGAGAGUCUCCGGAGUGGCUCGCUGGCGGACUCGCCGGCCAGCCUGAGUGGGCCGAGCGCGAGCAGAAAGCGGCGCCAGGCCGACAAUGCCGAGCUGCUCGUGCCGGACGACUAUUACAUGGAGAAGGAGCCGCCGCUAAUUCUGAACACCGAGCCGAAGACGUACGGCAAACGGUUGGCCAGCUCGUCGGCCCAAACGGACAGCAAGCUCAACGGUUCGAGCGGCUUCAUCAUGACCACAUCGGCCAAGAAGCCGAAAAAGUCGCGCCGCGGCCUGCUGGGCCGGCGCCGAAAGCACAAGACCCAGAUGAACAUUUGCUGCGAGCCGGCCGCCGCCGGCCUGGCUCGUCCCAAAUCGCCCGACGCGCAACCUGUUGACUCGUCGCUGGACACCUCAAACGAGCAGCACCAGCAGCAGACUGACCAAGAGGCGGCCAUCGAUUCGGCCUCGAUGAUUCACGACGUGUACACGAGCGACGACCAAAAGUGGCGCACCUGCACCAUCCAGACGGACAGCGACAGCGUGACCGUCAAUUAUGUUACGCUGAGCGCCUCGGACGAGGCGGCCGCGGCCGCAAUGGCCGCCGCCUCGUCCACCGCGGCCGGCCACGACGACGGCUACGUCUCGGGCAGCGGCGACCUCAAGAAGGAGAGCUCCUUCGGCAAGGGCCUCUUCCACUUGUCGUUCGGCGGCUCAUCCGGCGCCGCCGACACCGACGAAUCCAAGCGAUCCGCGACGGCGGCCAAGCCGAGCGACAAAGAGCAACGUUCAUCGCAGCCAAAGAAGAAGAAGAACAAGAACAAGGCGGCCGACAGCAAGAAGUCUGUCGCCGGCGGCGCCUCCGACGAGGAGGAAAAAGUCUCCUCGAGCAAGAGCGACGACGAACACGAGCAGCAGCUGGCUGAUGAAUCGUUGCGCUCGGUCUCGCCGACCAGCAAAGAGUUGAAGCUCAAGCUGAAGCUCGAGCGCCAGGAGAAAUCCAGGCGCGAAAAGGAGGAGAAGCGACUCCAGAAGGAGGCCGAAGAGGCGGAGAAGUUGCGCAAAAAGCAGGAGAAAAAGGAGGCCAAGAGGCUGCAAAAGUCGGCGAGCAAGAAGUCGUCUUCGUCGCCUCCGUCGAGUCCAGCGCCGACUGGUGGCGAACAGCAGCAGCAGCCGGCGACGGCGGCUGCGGCCACGAAAGCGGGCAGCUCGGUCAAGUUUGCCGCCGAUUUGGUUUCCUCGGAUGCCGAGGCCGGCGCCGCCGCCUCCGUCGGCACCGAUGGCGGCAGCCACGAGCCAGCGCGCCAAUUGGACUCAAUUCAGAAUGUGAUCGACUCGACGAGUGCCGCCUACGAGCAGCAGAAGGAGCGCCUCAGUCAGGAGGACGGGCGCGACAUGGUGCAGGUGUCGAUAAGCGACACUAAUCGGCUAACCUUGGACGAAGUCGGCCAGCACGACCCAAUCGAGGCGUCGAGCAGGCGAGCAUUGGAGAUUCACCACUCGAUCGGAAAGACAUUGCGAGACGGCAAAGAGGAACUCGAACGCGCCGAAGAGAAACUGAUCUCGCUCUCGGAGUCGGCCGAUGAGACGCCGCCAGCGAAGGCAAGUGAACAGCAGCAGCAGCAGCCGUCGCAACAUUUAAAGCCCAUUCUCAAGCAGCAACAGUCGACGACGAGCGGCGAAGAGGUGGCAGCCGAGAUUGUCAUCAAGGACGAGCGAUCGUUGGCCAGCAAGUUGGUGAGCGAGGCCACCGAUGAGGCCGUGCGAGCCGCCGACCGGCUCAGGUCAUCGACUGGCACCGACGACCAGGACACAUCCGCCGGUCUCGACUCGGUGACGAGUUCUAGCUCGAAGAAGGAGGAAAAAGAGCGCCUGAAGCGCGAGGCUAAGGAGGAGAAGCAGCGCUUGAAGGAGGCCAAAAGGGCGGCCAAAGAGGCGGAGGCCGCCGAAAAGAAGGCCGCCAAGCAGGCCAAAUUGGAGGCCGAACGACAGGCCAAAGAGGCAAAGGCCGAACAGGAGCGACUCGCCAAAGUGGCCAAGGCUGAGCAAGAGAAGCUCGCCAAGGAGGCCAAGGCCGAACAGGAGAGACUUGCCAAAGAGGCUAAGGCUGAACAGGAGCGACUCGCCAAGGAGGCCAAAGCCGAGAAGGACAGACUGGCCAAGGAGGCCAAAGAGGCCAAAAAGAAACUCAAACUUGAGGCUAAAUCGGCCACCGCCAGCUUGCCGCAGCCAACAGAUGGUUUGAAAGCUCGAAAGGGCCGCUCGGGUAGUUCGAGCUCGAGCAGCUCAAGCUCAAGCUCAAGUUCGGGCUCGAGCGAUGGUGGCAGCGAAUCGAUAAAGGACGAGACAUUUUUGGCGGCUCGAAAGGCGGCCAAGGCGGCCAAAGAGGAGCUCAAACGAUUGAAACGAGAGGCCGACGCGGAGAUCGACGAGCAGCUGAAGGCGCAGAAGCAACAGUUGGCUGAGGCCGCCGAAGCGGACGCUAAGCAGGCCAAAAAGUCGCUCAAGGAGGCGAAGAAAAAGUUCAAGCUGAGCAACAAAUUGAAGCUCAAGUCGGGCAAGUCGGCGAAAACGAGCGACAAAGACCAGAGCAGGUCGUCGGCGGACAAUGACGACGACGCUACUGCAGCAGCCGCCGCCGCCGCCGCAACGGAAAAGAGCGAGGCUGAAAGGGCGAAGGACGAGGCCGACAGGCUGGUCAGGGAGGCCUUGCAAGAGGCGACCGCCGUCAAGGAGGCCGCUGCCGAUUCGUCGACGGCCGCCGCCGCUGCUGCUGUUGAGGGCGCCGACGCUGAAAAGGCCCUCGACAGUGAGGCAGAUGGCGGUGAGACCAAAGAGGCGCGCAAAAAGAAGUUCAAGCUCAACUUUAAGAUGAAAUUUCCGAAAUUUGGAUCUCGAUCUGGCGCAACUGACAGUAGCAUCAGCAGCAGUGGCGAAAGUCCCGCCAAGAAGAAGGAGCCCGAAGAGGACGCCUCUUUGCUGGCGGCCGGCGAGCAGAGGCAGCUGCUCGAGGCGGCCGACACGGCGGCGGCCGACGCGAAACGCGAGGCCGACGAGCUCCUGAAGGAGGCCGAGAAUGCCGAAGCCGAGGUGAAGGCCGAGAAGCGGCAACUGGCCGAGGCGGCCCAGGCGAAAGCCGACGAGGCCGAGGCGGCCGCCAAGGCGAUCAAGAAGCGCUUCAACUUUAAGAUCAAGCUGCCCAAGUUUGGUGGCUCGCCGAUGAGAUCAACCUCCCAAGCGGAGGAUCAGGACACCAGCACCGCUUCGUCGACGAAGGCGGCGUCCAAAGGCAAGAGCGAGCCAGCCAGCGGCGACGCUAGCGAGCCCUUGGCUGCCGGCGAACACGCAACAGCAACCACGACAACGACGACAUCAGAGGCUCUCGAGGAGGUUCUGGGCGAGGUGAAGGCGCUCGAAGAUGAUGAGGCCGCCGCGGCUGCCGAAGAGUCGAAGAAAAAGCUCAAGGGUGGCAAGUUCAAGGUCAAGCUGCCCAAGUUUUCGGUCGCAACGUCGGUUAAGAAGGCUCAUGAUGAGAAGCAGCCCCAGGAGGAGGGAGAUUCUUCGAUCGCUGUCUCGAAGGCGAUCGAUGUCUCGAUCAAGGACGACGAGGCCGGCCGAUCUGUUGAGGCGGCGCCAUCUGUUGAGUCGCCAUCGAGGCAGCAGAGCGGCAGCACCAGCACCAGCAGCGUUUCGGCCUCUGGAAAGAAAGAGAAAAGCAAGUCGAGCUUCUUGUCGCGUCUCUUCGGCGGCAAAGCCAACAAGGCGGCCGCAGCCGCCUCUGAUUCGAGCGCCUCUCAGCAGCAGCAGCAGCCAAUUGAUUCGUCGGUCAGCGAGCAGCGGAAGGAUUCCUUGGCCGGCAAGAAGUUGAAAUCAGAGCCCGUGAUCGUCAGCGAAAUGUAUCCGAGCGAUCCAGACGACGAGGACGGCGAAAUGAUUCUCGAGGUGAAUGUGCCCAAGAAUUUGAUCGACGAGGCCGAGCAGAGGCGCCGCAGCGAAGAGGAAAGCAACGCCGCGGCCGCCGCCGCUGCCGCAAACAACAUGUCGCUAGCGAGCGACACUGACCUUGCGACAACGAUCGACGAAACACUGGCCACCUCGACGGCGGCCCAGCAGCCGCUUCAGCACUCGAACCGACAGCCGACCGAGCAAACGAUCUCGAUGUCGCCCACGAUCUCGAUCGACGACGACGACGCGUCGCCGAAGAAGCGCACCUCGAUGGCGGCGGCGGCGGCGGCGGCCAGUCAGGGCCGCCGACUCGACGGGCCACAGGCGUCGCUCGACUUGCAGGACGACCAGGCAACGCUGGUGAAUGUUAGCCAGAUGAUGACCACCACCAGCGAGGGCCGCAAUAGCACCCGCGAAGUCGGCGACCCCGACGACGACGACGACGCCACCGAGAAUCUCGUCAGCCAGGCGAACGAUCUCGCGCAAGAGAUUGUCGACAGCUCGGUGUCGGUGGCUGCCUCGGCGCCACCGCCAGCAGCGGCGUUCGAAGUUGUCGGCGACGUUCAGGAGGCUUCCGCCUCGAGCAGCGAUAAAAAGGCCUCCAAGAAGAGCAAGCCGAGCAAAGAGGAGCUCAAGGCCGAGAAGGCCCGAAAGGAGCUCGAGGCAAAGCUGCAGAAGGAGGCCAAGAAGCAGGCCAAAGAGGAUGAAAAGUUGAAAAAGAAGCAGGCCAAGGAGGAGAAACUGAAGGCCGAGCUGGAGAAGAAGCUGGCCAAGAGGCGGGCGAAAGAGGAAAAGGAGCGCCAGAAGCGCGAGGCCAAGGCGGCCAAGAAGGCGGCCAAAGGUGGCUCCUCUGAGGCGGCCGCCCUUCAGGCCGGCACUUCGGGCGACAGCCAGCAAGCAGCAGCAGCAGCAGCCGACCAGCAACAACAACAACAAGCCCAAGAGCAGCAGCAGCCGGGCGACGCGUCGAGACUGGUUCUCAACGAGACGCCCAUCAACACCGAGACCGAAGUGGAGCGAAUCGUCGAGGAAGUCAUGGGCGAGGAUGGAAUCCUAACCAAGACGACCAAAACAAUUGAAACCAAAUACGUGACCACUCGGCGCGAGGAGCUGCGAACGAGCGUCAAUCGCGAGAUUCCGAUCGAGGAAUACGAGCGCAUGAAUUUGGACAAUCUGACUGAGGGCGGCGCCGGCCGCGGCGGCUCGCUUUCGUCGUUCUCGUCGAGCGAGCGCGACGAGCUUGACGCGGAUGCUGCCGCCGAGCGGCGCCGGCGGCGGCGGCAUUCGCGGCGCACCGAGGCCAAACUGUUGAAUGCGCCCGCGCGCGGCGCUCCCAGCGGCACGCAGGUGAAACUCGUGGUCGGCCCCUACGAGCACAAGGAGUUGGACGAGAUUCGCGCGGCUCCGUCGCUGUUCGGCGCCGCCGACAGUUUGCCCGCCGAGGAGGCCGCGGCGCUGGCCAAUCUGGCGCCCAAGAAGGCGAUGAAGUGGCGCAUCAAGCGCAACCAGAGGCUCAUCAAGCGGGCGCUCAAGCUGGCCAAGAGCGAGGAGAAGCGCGCGAAGAGGGAGGCGCGCGCGGCCGAGUCCGAGAUUGCGGUCUGCGAGGAGGCCGCCCGGCAGGCGCGAAUCGAACUGAAACGGGCGCUCAAGGAGGCGAAGCGCGCUAGCAAGCUGGCCGAGAAGGCGCACAAGAAGAUGGACAAGGUGGACAAGAAGCUGUCGAAGCGCGAGAAGAAGAUCGAAAAGAAGCAACGCAAGCUGGACAAACAGGCGGCCAAGCUGGCCAAGAAGGAGUCAAAGAGGCGCGCCAAGCGGGAGGCCAAAGAGGCCGAGCAGGAGGCCAAGGAGGCCAAGAAGCGGCUGCGUCGGGGCGGCUCGCCGUCGGGCGCCGGCGCAAGCGGCGGCUCCCAAAGCGGCAGCCGAAAGUCGAUCAAGCUCGAGGACAUUGGCGACCCCAUUCUCAAGUCGAGCUCGCGUCUGUCAAUCGGCGGCGGCGGCGGCGGCCAAUCAGAUCAGCAGCAGCAGCAGCAGCAACAGCAGGGGCCCCAAAUGGUUAUCAGCCAGACGACAAGGACUGUGAUGGAGCGCGGCGAGUCGCCGGACGACUUGCAGCCAGUUGAGCUGUCGCUCGAUGACGGCCAGCAGCAGCAGCAGCAGCAUCCGAUUGUUCACCACACAAUCACGACGACAACCAUCACUGAGCACCCAGAUGGCCAGAUAAGCGAGCAGACGAGUCACAGGGUUCUGACUGGCGACGAGGCCAUCGAGGCGGUCAAUCAGCUGGCGGCCGAGCAAACCAGCGACGACAACCAAUCGGAGGAGAUCGAUGUCGUGAAUGAUCUGCCCCAGAUUAAGAGCGCGACCAGCACUAAAAUGACUGAGGCAGCUACUGCUGCCACUGCCGAGCAACAAUAA